CUGUUCAACCAGACCAAAUCCAUUCAAUAAGGAAACAGGUAUCAGACACUCAUCUGCACAGGUGUGACAACAAACCCUCUGUUACAGUGAACCCCACCUAUUGGCCAGUAUGCUGCAGUUCCUGAUUCUCUUUUUGCUUCUGGACAGAAAAACUAGUGGAGGUGAAAUCAGGUUGGUGAAUGGCAGUAACUCAUGUUCUGGACGAGUGGAGGUUCUUCAUAAUGGGAAAUGGGGAACAGUGUGUUCAGAUUACUGGGAUCUAUUAGAUGCUGCAGUGGCAUGCAGAAAUCUGGGCUGUGGAAAUGCUAUAGAUGUAAAGUUUAAUGCAACUUUUGGAGAAGGUUCAGGACAAAUAUGGCUAGAUGAUUUAGCUUGUGUUGGCACUGAGUCCUCAUUUUCAACCUGUGGAGGACCACCAUGGGGAGUAAACAACUGUGGACAUAGCCAAGAUGCUGGAGUCAUUUGUCAAGCUUCUGUUAGGUUAGUAAACGGCUUCAGCUUUUGUUCUGGGCGAGUGGAGGUCCUUCAUAAUGAGACAUGGGGAACAGUGUGUUCAGAUUACUGGGAUCUGUCAGAUGCUGCAGUUGCGUGCAGAGUACUGGGGUGUGGAGAUGCUAUUGAGGUCAAGACUGAUGCAUUUUUUGGAGAAGGUUCAGGACAAAUAUGGUUAGAUGAUUUAGCUUGUUAUGGAACUGAGCCUACAUUUUCAUCCUGUGGAGGACCAACAUGGGGAUCAAACAACUGUGGACAUAGCCAAGACGCUGGAGUCAUUUGUCAAGCUUCUGUAAGGUUGGUAAAUGGCAAAGAUAUUUGUUCAGGACGAGUGGAGGUUUAUCAUGAUGGUCAAUGGGGAACAGUGUGUGAUGAUCGCUGGGAUUCAUCAGAUGCUGCAGUGGUGUGUAGAGAACUGGGAUAUGGAGAUGCUACAGAGGCAAAAUCUAAUGCUUAUUUUGGAAAAGGUUCAGGACAAAUAUGGCUGGAUGAUAUAAAAUGCAAUGGAACCGAGUCUAAUCUAAAAAGCUGUAGAUCAAAUACAUGGGGAGUACACAACUGUGGACAUCAUGAAGAUGCUGGAGUCAUCUGUCAAUGUUAUAUACGGUUGGUGAAUGGCAGUAACUCUUGUUCUGGACGAGUGGAGAUUCUUCAUGAUGGUCAAUGGGGAACUGUGUGUGAUGAUAACUGGGGUCUACCAGAUGCUGCAGUGGUGUGUAGAGAACUGGGCUGUGGAGAUGCUAAAGAUGCAAAGUCUAAUGCUCAUUUUGGACAAGGUUCAGGACCUAUAUGGCUGGAUGGUGUAAACUGUACUGGAACCGAGUCUACUCUAAAAAGCUGUAGAGCAAAUAAAUGGGGAGAACACGACUGUGGACAUCGUGAAGAUGCUGGAGUUAUCUGUCAAUAUAACUUCACCUAUAUCAAUGAAUCAAAAAGCUGGAUUGAUGCACUGCGGUAUUGUCAAACUCAUCAUCAGACUCUUGCGCACAUAUUAAAUGCAACAGCACAGACGCACAUCACACGGAUGCUGCAGGGUAUAGAAAUUACCAAAGGAGUGUGGAUAGGACUUGAAAGAAAAAUGCAGAUCAAUUCAUCCCCUUGGCUGUGGACCGAUGGGUCUCUUGUAAACUAUUCUUUGUGGCAUCCCAGUUUUCCACUGAAUCAAAUGGGCAGGUUUUGUGGAAAACUGCUUAAGAAUUCAACAAGUAACACAUUUAAAUGGGUGGAAGAUUGCUGCUUUCAGAGCCUUCCUUUCAUCUGUCAGGGAUGAAACACUUGGUGGCGCUACAUCCUACUUUUGAAAUCUUUGACUGAUGCUGAGAGAUAUUUAGACUGUCAUGAUUAUUUGUUCAUCUUUGUUUUACAAUUUGUUACAAUAAAAUGCGCUGAUUUGUAGUAUGUAACUCUGUAUAAGUAUUAUUAAUACAUGUUCUAAAAUCUUUAAAUCUUAUGAAAAAAAUUAUACGCCUAUUCUUUGUCAGCUUAUAUGAAAUGCAUGGCUAAUAAACCAUUACUAUAAGUAAAUGUUGGUUG